UUCACCUGCAGCAGUGAAGGGGCCUCCCUGUGUGGGCAUCGCUGCCUCUGCAACAUGGAUGCACAGCACUGCAAGAUGAACGGUGACCCUUUCCAGGAAUCUAUGUACAUUGAAGAGUCCUCAAAUAAAAAUGGUGUGAUUUCUUUGAUUUUCUCUCUGAAAGAAGAAGUUGGGGCAUUGGCUAAAGUUUUGCGCAUAUUUGAGGAAAAAGGUAUAAACCUGACCCACAUUGAGUCCCGACCUUCCCGUCUCAACAAGGAUGAGUAUGAAUUCUUCAUUAACUUGGAAGGCAAGAAUAUCCCAGCGCUGGACAAGAUCAUCAAGUCCUUGAGAAAUGAUAUCGGAGCAACAGUCCAUGAGCUUUCACGAACAAAGAAGAAGGACACUGUGCCAUGGUUCCCAAGAAGUAUCCAGGAGCUGGACAGGUUUGCCAAUCAGAUCCUCAGCUAUGGAGCAGAACUAGAUGCUGAUCAUCCUGGGUUCAAAGAUCCUGUGUACAGGGCCCGGAGGAAGGAGUUUGCGGAUAUUGCCUACAACUACAGACAUGGCCAACCUAUUCCUCGAGUCACCUACACGGAAGAAGAAAAAAAAACGUGGGGCACUGUCUUCAGGGAGCUGAAGAGUCUCUAUCCAACUCAUGCUUGUUAUGAACACAACCAUGUGUUCCCACUGCUGGAGAAGUACUGUGGCUAUCAGGAGGACAACAUUCCCCAGCUUGAAGAUAUUUCAAAAUUUUUGCAGACCUGCACUGGAUUUCGCCUGCGUCCUGUUGCAGGCUUGCUCUCCUCUCGGGAUUUCUUGGCUGGGCUGGCGUUCCGGGUAUUCCACUCUACACAGUAUAUUCGCCACGCGUCCAAACCCAUGUACACACCAGAGCCUGAUAUUUGCCAUGAGCUGCUAGGACAUGUGCCUCUUUUUGCUGAUCCCAGUUUUGCUCAGUUUUCCCAGGAAAUUGGACUGGCAUCUCUGGGAGCUCCGGAUGAUUUCAUCGAGAAACUUGCUACGGUUUAUUGGUUUACGGUGGAGUUUGGACUGUGUAAGGAAGGCGAUUCACUCAAGGCAUAUGGUGCAGGGCUGCUGUCUUCAUAUGGGGAGCUGCAGUAUUGUUUGUCAAGUAAGCCUGAGAUUCAGCCUCUUGUUCUGGAGAAGACUGCCAUGCAGAAGUACCCUGUUACUGAGUUCCAGCCUGUCUAUUAUGUUGCUGAAAGUUUUAAAGAUGCAAAAGAAAAACUAAGGAAAUUUGCUCAAACAAUCCCUCGACCUUUCUCUGUUCGGUACAAUCCCUACACCCAGAGGAUUGAAGUCUUGGACAAUGCAAAGCAGCUGAAGAAUUUAGCUGACACUAUCAAUAGUGAGAUGGGGAUCCUUUGCAAUGCCCUCCAGAAGAUAAAAUGAAGAUUUGCUGUAACUUGCUAAACACUGGCUACUGACUAGAAGGUGUCAUGUGCAAAUGCCAGUCUUCAUCUAGCCUCAGUCUAUUAUCUUCCUGUGUACUGUAUAAAUGCUUAUGUUAUAUAUCUUAAUUACUAUAGAUUAGGAGAUAAAUAGGCAUCUACAGGUGACCCUUAACUCUUUUGGCCUUCAGACACUAAUCCAAUUUUUCCCACUAAUGCAUAAAAAUGAUCUUAAUUUUGUGAAUCUGGGGAAAGCCUCCAUAUCUCCUGUGCCAAAGGUUAGCAGAAAGAGGAGAUCUCCACCAUGCAGAGCUAUAGUCUGCUGCAGCUGUGAGGUUGCAUUACCAGCCUGGUCCCAGGGGCAGAAUGACAACGACUAACGGACUAAUCCACCUUGCUUUCUCUCACAGUCAUUCUUCCCUCAGUCCCUCAUAUUUGUUCAAGGUUCACAUGAAUUCCCAAAUGCUACACCUUUCAGGGGGUAUACAUAUACUGCUUGGCCCUCUGUAUCUCUACUUUUACAGACAAGGACCAAUAUCCUGAAAUAUUUUUUUUUUUCCUAAAAAUGUGAUGUUGCCAUUGAUCCAAAGCACAGAUGUUAGCAGAGAAGACAGCAAGUGUGCAGCAGCCUCAUUAGCAAAGAUUGAUCACCGUGUGUAAAUAUACUUACUGUAUUUGCACAAGCAUCAAUCCCAAAAAGGUUUGUGCAAGUCAAGAACGCAAUAUGCUGUGAUGUGUCAUUGGUCUGCAGAGAGGAGUCCCUCAGCAAGACACUGAGACUGCUUAUCCAGAGCAUAGAGUCUGUGCCUCAAUACAGUACCCACCAAAAAACCCCUUCAGGGGAGAGUUACAUAAAGGCAAGUCUGUGUGUUUUUUUGCAGUUGGAUAUGAGGUCAGUUUGUCAAUACUUUGUGCAAGCAAGAAACCAUGCCAAUGCUUUAGCAGGGCACCAAGACCUUAUUAGUCCACUCUCAGAGUUGUGCUGGCUGUAAUUUUGUGUAACACCAUGGAUUCAGAGCUGAUUCAGGAUCAGUCAGUUUAUGGAAAGAGGAGACCUCUCUUAAUAGACAUACUCAGCUACUCACUAUGGAAGACUGAUGUGUGAAGGCUACCUUGUGUCCUGUGUGUAUCCUUUCCUGAGAGUACUUUAUUCAGCACUGCUACAAGGUGUCUCCUAACUUUCUGGACUCACAAUACUAGCACCUUGGAAAUGGAGAAGUGGUUCUUAAAAUGCAGCUGAAGACAUCAGAGCCUUCCAACUCCUGACUCACUGUAUCUGUGGCUAGAGCCCCCACCAAAGCUAUGGAAGACCUGGGUUAGCUGUGUCCUAGACUGAAUGCAUUCAAACCCAAAUAUGACGUCUUUCAAGAGAGCCCCUGAGUCACGGUUCUUUUUGGAGUGUUCUUCCUUCUCCCACUUGAGCUUUAGUUUCCAUUUUUUGGUGAAAGCAGUUUUAUUUUUCCUGGACUAUAGCUUGACUGAGGCAGCAAAUGGAAGCAAGGUUGAUUCCAACUUAACACAAUGGUUGAGCCAUGGAGAGAGAAGAGCUUUGCUGCUCAGGAAGUUAUUUCUGUAUUUUGUCCAAUAACUUUCAAUCAGAACAGCUAAACGACCUCUUGGACUGGCUCACGUUUUAUAAUGCCUCCCUGUAGCUGUCUAGUUGAAGAAGGGAGGAGAUCAGCACUUGUACAUUGGAACAGAAUGGAGCAAAACAAAGCAGAACAGUAUUUCCAGCUUGAAACAGUUAUGCAUCAUGAUACUAACAUGAUUCAGGAGUCACAUUUCUGUUAGAAGAUCCAAAGAUGGAAAGGGAUUUGAAAGUCCAUGAGUCUUAUACCUACUAUUGUACUAUUCUUGUAUUUAUAGUUUGAAAAUCAAUGGAGCUUUAAUGU